UCCAAAGUUUAUUUCAUAUUUACAUCCCUUCCCCAUCGUCACUCACAAUUUCACAAAUCGAAACACAAAACAUUUUCUCUCUCCUCAAAAUUUCUUCCCUCUCCUGUUGGUUUCAAUCUAUGGCUUCCCAAAUUUUGCGUCGAAUUGUUGGAAGCCACACCACCACGCCUACGCUCCUUCGCCAACUCUCCACCACCACCCCAAUCACCGCCACUCUCUUCCCCGGUGAUGGUAUUGGCCCUGAGAUCGCCGAAUCCGUCAAACAGAUCUUUAAAAAAGCUCAAAUACCAAUUGAGUGGGAGGAACACUAUGUUGGGACGGAAGUAGAUCCUAGAACUCAAAGCUUUAUCACAUGGGAAAGUAUGGAAUCAGUACGCCGAAAUAAGGUGGGUCUAAAAGGUCCAAUGGCUACACCAAUUGGGAAGGGUCAUCGUUCACUUAACCUUACCCUCAGGAAGGAACUUAAUUUGUAUGCGAAUGUGCGACCCUGCUUCAGUCUUCCUGGCUACAAAACCAGGUAUGAUGAUGUAGAUCUCGUCACCAUCCGUGAGAAUACUGAAGGGGAAUACAGUGGACUUGAACACCAAGUGGUUAGGGGUGUGGUUGAAAGCAUCAAAAUCAUUACUCGUCAGGCAAGUUUGAGAGUUGCCGAGCAUGCUUUUCAGUAUGCAACAGCUCAUGGAAGAGACAGGGUGUCUGCAAUACACAAAGCAAACAUCAUGCAGAAAACUGAUGGUCUUUUUCUGAAGUGCUGCAGGGAAGUUGCAGAGAAGUACCCUGAGAUUAAAUAUGAAGAAGUUGUCAUUGAUAAUGCUUGUAUGAUGCUUGUGAAGAAUCCUGCGCUAUUUGAUGUGUUGGUCAUGCCUAACCUCUAUGGUGAUAUCAUCAGUGACCUUUGUGCUGGUUUAAUUGGUGGCUUGGGUUUAACACCAAGCUGCAACAUUGGUGAGGGAGGUAUUUGUCUGGCUGAAGCUGUGCAUGGUUCAGCUCCUGAUAUUGCCGGAAAGAACAUGGCAAAUCCAACUGCUUUGCUUCUAAGUGCUGUGAGCAUGCUACGACACUUGGAACUGAAUGACAAAGCUGAUCAAGUUCAGAAUGCUGUUCUCGACACAAUUGCAGAGGGGAAGUAUCGAACCAUUGACCUUGGCGGCAAUGCUUCCACUACAGACUUUACAAAAGCAAUUUGUGAUCAUCUUUGAAUGGACUUGCAUUUGCUUAAGUGUAUUUAUUAUGAAGUUCCCAUGUCCUAAUUGGAACUGAUCUCCAUGAUAUGUCGACAAAGACUUUGCGGCUCGUUCUUCUUCUCCGAGGAGUGAUCAACACAACCUCAGUUUAUUGAUAGAUUCUUUUUAGCACUUCCCAAGUAUAUCGGAUUGCUCAACGUUUUUAUGAGAAUUACUGUACCAAACUUCCGGGGUUCAGCUAACUUGAUCUAAUACAAAUAAAUAGAAUUUUGAUGUUUGGGCCCCUUUGGCCUUUAACACCUCUACAUUAUGUUAAUAAUUUUUGUUCCUGGUAAUUUAUUCCAGAGUAUUUGAGGUGCAACAGAAAAUCAGGUGCCUAUUGAAGUUUGAGAGACUAUAAAAUUGUACCGCUGAUUGAUUGUCUCCCUAGGCCCCUACUGUCGUUUUUCUAUUGAAUGAUCUAAAUUUGUAGUUUACCGGUUUGUAUGUGAUGAUCCCAAGUUUCUAAUAAAAAUCGAGCUAUUCCAAAUCAUCAAUUUUUAAUUAUUCUA